AUGCAGAGCCGCAUAGUGGGAGGAUACGCCCCAGCACCCCAUUCCAUCAAAUACAUGGUGUCAAUACAGAAUGACAAAGGGCAGCACUUCUGCGGGGGAUCUUUAAUCAACAAGUACUGGCUGCUGACGGCAGCACAUUGUAACAUCGGGUCCAGCCAGAUGGUCAUUGUGGCAGGAGACUAUUCCCUGUCAGUGUAUGAAGGAACAGAGCAAUUCUUUACUCCACGUUUCCUGGUUCCCCAUCCAGAGUAUAACAAGAGCACCAACAACGCAGACAUCAUGCUCAUAAGGUUAACGGUCCCCGUGCACUUAAACAGCUUUGUGACAGUGGCCCCCCUGCCACGCCAAGGAGCCUCGGUGUCAGAGGGGCGAGUUUGCCGGGUCUCUGGCUGGGGCUACACCAGCUCCACUGGGGCCCAGAUCCCUGCCACCCUCCGUACCGUAAAGGUUCCUAUCGUCUCUGCUGUCCAUUGCAACAGCAGCCAGUCCUUCGGGGGUAACAUCACGGCUAAUAUGAUAUGUGCUGGAUACUCUGCGGGGGGAAAAGACGCCUGUAAGGGCGACUCUGGCGGACCCCUGGUCUGUGAGGGCCGUGUCUACGGUGUGGUGUCCUGGGGGAACAGCUGCGCCAGUGCCAAAUAUCCAGGCGUCUACACUGCUGUCUCCCAGUAUCGGAGCUGGAUCGACCAGACUAUUAACAGCUUCUACGGCAAGUAUAUAACCACACCCGAAGUCCGGGACAACCCCAUAGCUCAAGCCCUCGCUUACUGGACGAGGGAUAUCCUGGAGGAGAAGUCGCUGUCCGAGGACUCGCACCUCGCUGAAGAGGUGCGAGACAACUUGCGGCAGCAAAGGAGAGGGGUGACAGAGACAAUGAUGAAGCAAGUAGCCCUGGACUGUGGGUUGCCUUUCCCCCCAUCGGAUGGGCUACCCAAACCCUCUGCGAUUCCAGCCGUGUCAUCACACAAAAAAGCGGAGGAAUCGCAGAGGGGCGGAUCCCUCAGGAAACCUGCCAAAGCCCGACGUGAAACCCGCUUGCGUCUUUGA